AUGGCACAUGAGAAGAAGCUUGGAAAGGAGAGCAUGAUGUUUUUACUCAAGAAUCACCCAAUGAGAAGAGGGAUGUUCAUGGAGGAAGAAAUUAUCAGCAACCACCUCACAAGAGAAGAAUGGAGCCAAGGAGCAACUUUUGAAGAUUUGAUAACUUUCAUCAAGAGUUCUCAUAGAGAGCACACAGCCUUGAUUGAUGAGAGAUUGGAGUCAGCCUUCACGAGAUUGAAUGAGAAGUUGGAUUCUAUUUCUUCUUUCACAAGAGACUUGGAUCUUAGAGUUGCCAACAUAGCCAGCUCUAUUAAGAGAGAAGAAGGUAUGCUACCAGGAAAAGUGGAAAUCAAUCCAAGGAGAGCAGCUGUAGCAGCUAUCACUCUUAGGAAUGGAAAAGGAAUAGAACCAGGAACUCAGGAGGAAGUGGAGAAGCCACCUGAAGAACCAAGAGUGUAUGAGCCAAAGAUCCCAUACAGAAAUGUUCUUUCUCAACCCAAGAAGGAGAAGGAGCAAGCAAAGCUCAAGGAUCUUGUUAGCCAACUUUCAGUAAGGUUACCUUUCAUUGAUGCUUGCCAAAUAAUUCCAUCUCUCAGGAAGUAUAUGAAGGCCAUACUCACAAGCAAUAUCGGUUCUACACACUUCCAUAGAGCACUUUGUGAUUUGGGUUCUAGUGUGAACCUAAUGCCUUACUCAGUGGCCAAGCUAUUGGGCAUCACUGACUUCAAACCUACAAAGAUCUCUCUAGUCUUUGCAGACAGAUCUGUUCGCCGCCCUGUUGGUGUUAUUAUGGAUGUUCCAAUCAUGGUUGGAGAUUGCUACAUCCCUGCUGAUUUUGUAGUUCUUGAGCUGGAACACCAACCUAAAGACCCUCUUAUCUUGGGAAGGCCAUUCCUAGCUACUGCAGGAGCUAUAAUAGAUGUCAAGAAUGGAAAGAUUGACUUGCAUCUUGGAGAUAUAGUGAUGAAUUUCGAAGUAAACAAGUCUAUGGAGAAAGCCAACUGUAGAUGGUCAAGCUUUUUGGAUUGGAGAGCUCGCAGAGACAAGAGAAGAAGUGCUGGAUGA